UACUAAAAUAAAUAUAAAAUGGCUGCUGAAGGAUUAGAAAAGUUUACCGAAGUUCCAGUGGAAUUCUUCAAAGACGGUAGCGCCUUUGUCAAGAAGUGUCAAAAGCCAACCAAGAAGGAAUACUUUCAAAUCAUCAGAGCCGUCGGUGUCGGUUUCGUUAUGAUGGGUGUUAUUGGUUAUGUUGUCAAGUUGUUGCACAUUCCAAUCAGAUAUUUGAUUGUUUAAUUCAAAUCAAGAAAUUUCCAAG